AUGUUAUCCACAUUGGUGAUUCUUGGCCUCAGUGCCGUCACCAACGCGCACGUCGCCGCCUGGGCGAGAGGAAUGUACUGUCUGAACGGCACCUCCGGCACCGACGACCCCAACACCAACACGGCCGUCAACCCCCUAUAUAUGCUCGAUCAGUCCGACUGGUGGUUCCAGCACGACCGUAGCUGCGACAGCUUUCCUCCCGCAGACGGCGAUUUUCUCGAGCUUCCUGCCAACGGGCAAUUCACCGUGGAGCUGGCGCACAACCGCGCGCAGACGACGCUCUCGUACAAUGGCCAAUACGCGGGCGAGUGGCCCGACGGCAAUGACCACCCUGAAGACUGGUCGGGUCCCGGAAGCCCGCCUGACUGCAUCCAGGAUGACGGGGCGAUGCACACGCAGAACCAAUCCAUGGCUGCAGGAACGGCGUUCGCGAUCAGCUAUCAGAGCGACUUGACCCAGGUGACGAUGGAGAACCUUGUCGUCUUUAGUGUUUUGGAGCACACCCCGUGGAAGAGACUGGCUACGUACGACGUGCCGGAUCUCCCUGCCUGCCCGCCUGCUGGCUGCACCUGCGCUUGGCUUUGGGUUCCAAAUGGUUGCGGACAACCUAACAUGUACAUGCACGGUUUCAAAUGCACCGUGACGGGAGCCAGCUCGAUCAAGUCUCUUGCUGCGGCACAAGCUCCGGUCUACUGCGGCGAUGACUCAUCAAAAUGUGUCAAGGGCGCCAAGCAGAUGAUCGCAUGGAACCAACAAUCCGGUAACAAUGUGGAAACCCCCAGUGGGGUCAGUCCGGCCUACAGUAGCGUCUUAGGGUGGGAGAAUGGUGCCCAAAAUGAUAUCUUCAACUGA